GACGACGGCUAGCACCAGACCGCCACUUGGCAUGCAUGCAGUGACGGGCACCGAGGCGUCCGAGCUGCCACCGCGCGGCAAGAUCGUGCAACUGAGCCGGUCGACGACGCCGGUCGUGCCGCAGCGCACAACGAUCGUCAACCUCGGUGGCAUCAACAAGUCAUCUAUAGACUUUACAGCCAGCAAGGGCGACAGUACAGACGAUCGACUCAAGCGCCCACUGAGUGACCCACCGAUGCCGCCGGCCAAGAUUCAACGUACACUGCUGUCGGACAUGGCGACGGGAGGUGGACGCACCGUCUACUUGGCCGACGCUUCAUCGAGCCGAACCAGCAGUGAAGCUUCGUCGUCCCGCCGCCACCCGGAAAACCCCAAACGUGUCUCCCGCCUCGUCGACAGCUACGACGGCUUCGACUCGCGCGCCGCCGCCGGCACCUUCGGUUGCGUCCAGCCGUGUACCGUCGCCAAUGGUCGUCAAAGCGUCCGAGGCCUUACCAACCGUUAA